UAAGAGCAAGACCGUCUUGGUUUUCGUUUACAUGGGCACGGGACACGCCUGAACACAAACGAAAACGGUUAAUUCGUAGUCUGUGAUUCUCGAAUAGUAAUUUAACACUAGUAAGGAGUUUCGGAAGAGAUAACGGUGUCCAUUGAGGUUCAUACUUCGACCCAGUGCUUAUAAGGACUUGUGGGGUGUUACAUCCUUACACGACAGAAAGAUGCCUAGCCCUUUCGGUCGGUCAGCCCUGCCCCUGACGGCUUGUGCAGCCUCUCUGAUCGCGGCUAUUCUACUGGUGCUAUCUUACGCCUCUCCCUACUGGUCCAGCGAUGCCAUCUACUCCCAUGGACUGUGGAGGAGGACGGGAUGCAGAUCGCUUGCCUGCUGGAAUUACGAUUACUACCAUCAUGUACCCCCCUGGCUGAAAGCCGUUCGCGCCAUGGAGACCAUGGCUGUGAUCGUCUUAUCCCUCCCUGUCGUUGUCGUGCCCAUAUACCUGUACGCCUCCCACGGGUUGUACUACCGAACCAUGAACCUUAUUGCAGCAGGCAUGUGUCUAGCCUCAGGCAUCUUCAUCAUCAUUGGAGUGAUAAUUUACGGGUCGUUCGCCAUGGCGACUAUGGGUCGGGACUUAGGAUGGUGUUUUGUUGUCUGCCUGAUAUCAGGUAUUAUCUGCAUCUUGGCGUUCCUGCUCUUCCUUGUGGCGGCAAUUGUUAGGCGGCCACCGAAGCCCGUGUACUAUGCCAGCCACAGUGUCUUGAUGGAUACCAGCGCCCCGACUACCAUUUACACAAUAGAAAAGGACCAUUCAGCAACUGGAUAUGUGGUGGACUGAGAUAUAGUGGAACCCCUCUUUAUGUACAUACAUGUAUAUGUAAAUAAUGCGUGCGCGUGUGUGUUUUUUUCAUCUGUUACAGACAUUUUUUCAAUAAUUUGCGGCUGAUCCAUUUGACGUGACAUUUUUUUUCUGUACCAUUGCAAACUACUUGGUAUGAUGCAAAAAGUUGUCGAGACAUGGCAGGCAGGUAGUGUAUUGUAGAGAAUACUAUGCUAAUGCCAACAUCUACGUCUACAUGAAAAACAUACAAUAAUUGCGGUCGAUCGUGAUGGGUGACAUAAGUUUAUCGGAAUGUUUAGAAGUAUUAAUGCAAACGGCACCAGAACUAUUUUGAAGGCUUAAUUUUUGUAUAAAGACGUAUAAAUAUACGGCGUAUACAUUCUUUCACUAUGCAUUCGUUUAUUCAGUUUGCAUCCUCUAGUCUUUUGCUUUUUGGAAUCUUCCGGGUAUGAAGACUGCAUUUCUAACAACUUUGCCUUUUGUACAGAAUAAAAUGCAAGUUUCAGUUUGCCGAAAAGUACUCAUAAAAUCAAAUAUAAGGACCUUAUCUUGUAACUAGAAAACUAUCCUUCAUAGAAAUUCGAAUUGCGUGUUUUCAAUGUCCAGUCCUUUUCGGUCAUGUCAACGAACAUAUUUGUUUUUCUGGCAUCCAAGCUUUCCCAGUUUUGCAUGUCCACAGUAUGAAAGAUGGGUUUGCACGGCUCAAAAUAAAACAGAGACGACACCCAAAAUACGUGUAUGACGAAUUAUAUCAAUGGAGUGGCAUUGUUUAGAAAUUAAAGGAAUGGAUUUUUUUCAGAUGUACCUACUAGACUUGCAUGAUUCGUGUAGUUUGUAUGUGACCAUGUCUGUAGUCCGUAUGUAGUAGCCAACAUUUAAGUCCCUGUGUUACAGCAGUCAAGAAGCUGCGUUGUACUUCUAUCCACAUGUGUAUCUAUUUAUGUAAUGUUAUGAGGUAAAUGCAGUCUGCAAUAAACGAAUAUUCGCCUUGCUGUUUAUGUAUCAUUUUGAUAUUCGAUAUAAUUACAC